AUGAAAGGUUCGUUUUGGAAUUUCAUCAAGUCUAAAAAGAAUGAUGACAAUGAAUCAAAACCAACGGUUGCACACUUGGGUGAAGAAAAUAAAUUUUAUUUUAAUAAAGAAUUAAAUAGAUGGGUUAUAAAAGGAGAAGAAGACAAAAUUGAAAAUGAAGAAAAAAUAUCUGCACCACCAAAAAUGAAUACAUUACAAAAUGCCAACCAGGGAUAUCGUUCGCUAGUUCAGCAAAACAAAAUGCGUAGCGCAUUUAAUAUUUAUGCCGAAACGCCCGGGUUAAAAACCAUCAAAAAGAAAAACGUGUUAGUACAAGGUGGAAUCGUUUCUCCUUAUAUGGAAUCAUUAAAAAAUGAAAAGGGUAGUAGUAGUAGUAAUAAUAAUCCAAGUGAUAACAAAACAGAAGCGUUUGGAUCUAAUAUUUUUAUUCCAAGCAAUAAUAAAGUUUAUGAAAAUAAAGUAAAAGAUAAUAAAUAUGUUGUAGAAAAUGAUGAAAAUUAUAUAAAUAAUGAACAGAAAAAACAAAAAACAAAUACUUUAGAAAAUAAAAAUUAUAAUGAAGAAGUUAAGGAAAAGAAUGUUCUGAACACAUCAUAUGAAAAUAUAUCACAAUUAAAUAAAAGUACAGGAAUGGAUGUGUUCUUAAAAAAACAAAGUUAUACUAAAAAUGAUGACAGUAUGUUUACAAAAGUAUAUUCUAAUGAAAAUAUUAUUGAUACAUCAAAUAAAAACAAUAAUUUAGAUAAAACAUUCAAUGAUAAUAUUUCUAAUGAAAAUAACAACUUUGGGUAUUCUAAAAAUGAAGAAUCUAAAAUAAUGACACCUAUUCAAAGUAAUAUGCAUAUCCCAGUAAUAAGUAGAAGAGAAACAAAACCAACUAGUUUUGAUAAUCUACAUAAAUUUUAUGAAAUUAAAAGAAAUGAAACAAAAGAAAUAAAAUCUCUUAAGGUUGUAUGGAAUCCAAAUAAAGAUGCAGACAAUCAAACUGAUGUAUACAACAACAACAAUAAUAAUAAUAAUAAUAAUAAUAACAACCAUAGUUAUAAUAAUAAUAAUAAUAAUAAUGUUGAAACUGUGUUUGAAAAGAAAGAUAAAAAUGUUCAAGACAGUAUUUAUAAAGUUUCUAAUUCUACAUUUUUAAGCCCUUUUGGAGAAUCAAAAAAUGAAACAUUUCCCCGCAAAAGUAUGGUUCAUAUAAAUAAUCUUGAAAAUAUAAAUAUAAAAAAUGUUCAAGAGGAUGAAAUUUAUGACGAGUCCAAUAAAAUAAAUGAUCCUUUGGAAUCAAAUAAUGGAUAUGACGAAAUGCAUAGGUCAUUUUUUAUACCAGAGGAAAGGGAGAGUAUAAAUAUGAGCAAAAAGAAGAAUAAUAUUAAUGUUGAUCAUAAUAAUGUUAACGUUGAUCAUAAUAAUGUUAACGUUGAUCAUAAUAAUGUUAACGUUGAUCAUAAUAAUAUUAAUGUGGACGAUAAAAAUAUUAAUGUGGACGAUAAAAAUAUUAAUGUGGACGAUAAAAAUAUUAAUGUGGACGAUAAUUAUAUAAAUGUUGAUAACAAUAAUAUUAAUGUUGAUGGUAAUAAUAACAUUCUUGUUAAUGAUAAUCCUAGGCACGAUAAAUAUAAUGAUUCGGACUUCUCUCAUGAUAAUUAUUUAAAUUAUGAUAAAGAUUAUUUUGUCCAGAAAGAAAAAGAUUUUGUUGAACAUUUUAUAACAAUUUUAAAAAAUCAUUUAAAUGAGGAUAAUAAUUUCGUUAAUAGUUUGAUAAAAACACAAACAGAAAAAGUGAAUUCUUUUGUUAAUGAAAAUAAAAGAUCCUUAAAUAUAUUAUACAAUAAAAUCAACGAGUUUGAUAAAUACAAAAAUGAUGAUAAUAUGGAUAAUGUAACACAAAAACAUGUAAAUAAUAAUAUAGAUAAUAAUAGAGAUAUAUGUUCUAGUGAUUUAAAAGAAGAUGAUAUUUUAAAUGAAAAAGGUAAAGAAUUAAAUAAUUUAUUAUACAUUAUAAAUAUAAAGAAUAAGAAAAUAAAAAGUGAACUUGAAUGUUUUAUUACCUCUUUUAAUAAUUUAAAAAAAUUAAAAAUGAAAAAUGAAGAAAUUAUUAGCAUAUAUAAAACGAGAGAAAAGGAAUUGAUUGAAGCUAUAAAUGUAUUAGAAGAUAGAUAUGAAAAAAAAAAUUGUCUAUUUAAAAAAAAAGAAAGACAUUACAAAGAAUUACUAAUACAAAAAGAUAACGAUUUAAAUAUGGAACAAAUGAAUUAUGAAAAAAACGUACAAUAUUUAAAAAAACAAGAAAAUUUAUUAAAACAAGAGUUAGAACAAGUACAAAUAAAAACAAAAGAACAAAUUAUUACGUUAAAAGAAGAAUUAGAAAAAAAAAAAAAUGAAGAAUGGGAAAUUUUACAGAAGGAACAAGAUGAAAAUAUGAAGAAAAAUAUUGAUAUAGAAAUAAACAAAAUUAAAGAAGAGUUAAAAAAUAAAUAUGAAGAAGAAACAAAAGAUAAAGUUGAACAAAUCAAACAAUUAACAGAAAAUGAUUUUCAUUUGAAAUUAGAACAAUAUAAAGAACAAAUAGAAAAAGAUAAAAAUGAUUUUAUAAAUAAUUUAAAUAUUGAAAAAAAUAAUGAAAUAGAAAUAUUUAAAAAUAAUAUUGAAAAAAUGAAAAAUGAAGAAAUAUCUAAAAUGAAUGAAGAAAAUCAAAAGGUCUGCACAGAGAAUAAAGAAAAAGAUAAUUUAUUAGAACAACAGAAAAAAGAAUUAGAAAAUAUAAAAGAACAAUGGGAAACAGAAAAACAAAAAGAAAUUGAAGUGUUAAAAAAUGAAAUAUAUUCACAAAAUAAAGAAAAAGAAGAAUUCCUAAAACAAGAAUUACAAAAUAAUUAUAAUGAACAAAUUAAUCAAUUAAAAGAAGAAUUAAAUGAACAAUUAGAAGAAAAAUAUAAAUAUGAAUAUGAAAUAAAAAUACAAAAUGUUCUAAAUCGAAAACAAGAAGAAAAUCAACAAAAAUGGGAUAAUGAAAAACAACAAAUUAUACAAAUGUAUGAACAAAAAUUAUUAUUACAAAAAGAUAAUAUAGAACAAACUUUAAAUAUUCAAAAUCAACAAUGGCAAGAAAAUAUGCAAUUACAGAAAGAUAAACAAAUAGAUAUACUGAAUGAAAAAAUUGAUAAAUUAGAUAUGGAAACAAAAUUAUUAAAUGAAAAAAAAAAUGAACUAGAAAUUAAUAUAUCUUUAUUAAAUGAAGAAAAUAUGAAUAUAUUAAAUCAAAAUCAAAAUCUAGAGGAUAAUUUAAAAAAUAAUGAAGAUAUUUAUCAAAAAAAACUAAGUAUACUGAGUGACCAAAAUUGUAAACUGGAAGAGGAAAUGAAAAGAAUAAAGGAAGACCACACUAAAGAAUCGGAAGAAAUUCAAGAAAAAUUUGCAGAUCUGCUAGAAGAAGAAAUCGAUCGUAUCAGAAAAGAAUCCGAAUCAAAAGUUGAAAGUUACAUAAAACAAUAUGAAGAGAUAAACGAAGAAUAUACCAAAAAAAAAGAAGAGUACGAUCAAUUGCUAGAAAAAGCUAAUCAAAAUAAUAAAGAACUAACAGAAAAAUAUGAAGAAAAUAUUCAGAAAAUUAAUGAAUAUGAAGAUAUGAUUAGAAUACUUGAAAAUAAAACAGAAGAAAUGGUACAUAAAAAAAUAGAAGAAUUAACAAUAGAAUUUGAAAAAAAAAAAAGAGAUUUUAUAGAUAAUGAAAAACAAGUUUUAUUAAGUAAUUAUGAAGAACUGUUAGAAGAAAAUAAACAUAUGAAAGAACAAUUAGGAAAUCAAACCAAUCUAACUAUAAGAGAAAAUGAAGAGAAAAUUUUAGAAAUAACCAAGAAUUAUGAAAUGAAAGUUAAAGAAAUUGAAAAAGAUUAUGAAGAUCUAUUGAAUCAGUAUAAUAAUAUAAAAUAUGAAAAUAAAGAAAUAUUAGAAAAAUGGAAUAUAGAAAAAGAAACAAAAGAAAAAGAAUUAAAAGAUUUAAAUAAUAUUAAUACACAACUAAGUUCAGAAAAUAAUGAAUUCCAUCUGACUUAUAAAAAUCUUAAAGAAGAAAUUAUUCAAUUACAAAAUAAAUAUGAAGAAGUAAAAGAAGAAAAUAUCUUCCUAAAAAAUGAAGAACAUAAAAAAUUAACAGAUAAAUUAAAAAAUCUAGAAAAUAUUAAUAAAAAUUUAAUGGAUGUUACCGAAAAAGAAAGAGAACUUAAUUUGAAAAAUGUUAAUAUUAUCAAAUGCUUACAACAACAAAUUAAUGAACAAACCAAAUUAUAUAAAGAAUAUACAGACGAAUUAAAUAAUGAAAUCAAAACCUUAAAACAAUCAAAACAUAUUCAUACAGAUCAUACAAGUAAUAAUAAUCACAAGAAUAAUGGAUAUAAUGAUAAUAUUGAACUUAUAGAAGAAAAUAAAAAACUCAAAUUACAAAAUGAAGUUAUAUCUACUAAAAAUGAUACGAUUUCAACAGUCUUAGAUAACCUAACCAAAAGAUUAAGUUUUAUAGAAUCCAAAAUUAAAGAAAAAGAUUUUGGACUCGAUAUUAUUAAACAAGCCGAUCAUUUACAAUUACAAGAUUUUAAAUGA